AUGAUGAAAGACGAAUUCCCAAAUGAAGAUGAUGCCCAGUUGGCGCAGAUGGGCCACAAGGCGGAGCUAAAACGCCACUUUUCUCUUUUGUCCAUGUUGGGUCUUGCCUUCGCGAUUCUGAACUCAUGGACGGCCUUGUCGGCGAGUUUGUCGCUCAGUCUGCCUUCGGGCGGCAGCGUUAGUGUCGUUUGGGGUCUGGUCACCGCCGGUGUUUGUAACUUGUGCAUGGCCGCUUCUCUGGCCGAGUUCCUUUCAGCCUAUCCUACCGCGGGAGGUCAAUACCAUUGGGUUGCUGUCAUUUCGUGGGACAACUGGAUGCCGAUCCUGUCCUGGAUCACUGGCUGGAUCAAUUGCUCGGGCUGGGUGGCCCUGGUUGCCACCGGUGGGCUUCUGGGCAGUGAGCUGAUUGUCGGCGUUAUCUCUCUCAUGCACAAGCACUACGAACCCCAGCGCUGGCAUCAAUUCCUGAUCUACCUGGCUUACAACAUCAUUGCAUUUGUGAUCAACGCGGUGAUGAACAACGUGUUGCCUUAUGUGACUAAAUCUGCCUGUGAGAAGAGCCGCACCUCUAGUCAUUUAGCUUCGAAACUAAUUUUCCCCCGAGUCAUCUGGUCAUUGACUGGCUUCGCCGUCAUUUGUAUCACGGUUCUCUCGUGUGCCGCUCCUAACUUCAAUUCCGGAGAUUUUGUUUUCCGUGGCUUUAUCAACCAGACAGGCUGGCCCGAUGGCAUCGCUUGGCUGCUCGGUCUUUUGCAAGGAGGUCUCGGUGUGACUGGAUUUGAUGGUGUUGCUCAUAUGAUCGAAGAGAUUCCCAACCCUUCGGUGGAGGGACCCAAGAUUAUGAUUGCCUGUGUUGGUAUUGGAGCCGUCACUGGGACGAUUUUCCUUGUCGUCCUACUUUUCGUGGCUGGUCCCAUCAAGCCAAUCAUCAAUUCCACUGCAACACCGCUCCUGGCAAUUCUGAAGCAUGCAACUCAGAGCAACGCCGGCGCCAUUUGCCUCUUGAUGUUCCCUCUCGUCUGUGUGCUGUUUGCUGCAACAACAAUCAUGACUACUAGUAGUCGCAUGAUCUACGCUUUCGCACGUGAUGGUGGUCUUCCUGCCUCGCCUUUCUUCUCCAAGGUUCAUCCUAAGCUGAAUGUUCCCAUGAAUGCACUCUACCUCAACCUGGGACUUGUCACCGUGUUCGGCCUAAUCUUCCUGGGCUCGACUAGCGCCUUCAACGCCAUUGUCUCGGCAUCAGUGGUCCUGCUGGAUCUUGCCUAUGGACUUCCUAUUGCGGUUAACUGCCUCCGCGGCCGCAAGAUGCUUCCAGAACGAACAUUCGUCCUCCCCACCGCCGUUGGGUGGAUCUUGAACAUUAUCUCUCUGGUCUAUAUCAUUCUGACAACCAUUCUUUUCCUUUUCCCACCCGACUUGCCUGCUACCGGCAGCAACAUGAACUACUGUGUGGCUGCGUUCGGGAUUGUAUUCAUCAUUUCGACUAUUCAGUGGUUUGUGGACGGCCGCAAGAACUUUGUCGGGCCCCGCAUCGAGAUGGAGGUUUUGUCCGGCCAGGUCGGCAGUGUUCCUGCUGAGCCAUUGCCCCUGAUGGACCAUGAGAAAUAA